AUGGACGGAAGUGGAGGAGAAGGUAUCGCCGUAGCUCCGAGAGUGUGGCGGUGGUGGAUGCCAUGUGGCGGUCACGCUACAAAGGCUGAGGAGUCUGAGAAUGAUAAGGCUGGCGAGGAUGUUGCGGCUGAUGAGGAUGUUGACGUUGUGAGUGUUGCCGAUGCUCGGUCUGUUGUUGAGGAUGAUGAUGCCUCUUCAGAUGACUUGCCCUAUCAUCCUGGCUAUGUCUACGAGCCCGUGGUCCCUGCUCCUCCCCCAUCGCCUCCCACCGUGCCACAUUUGCUUCGCUCGGGUAAAAAUUGCCCUCCUGCCCUUCUGGCGCCUGUUCUCGCUGCUGGUGUCGAUCCUCUUCCGUUCUCCGGCUCCGAUGAUCCCAUCCCCGACCUUGACCUCUUACUCGGUCCCCGUGGAGACCCUCUCCCUUUCCCUUAUCCGGACGCUCUUGCUGACUAUCUCGGACGCCCGGAUGAUCCCUCGUUCCAUCCGUCUGACGAGCGCCUUCCCGUGGAUGGCCACAUUGGGAUGCCGAUCCGUGCCCUGCUUGCUAUGGCAGAGCAGGAAGUGGUCGAUGAGCCGCGGACAUGGCGGGCUGCUAUGAAGUCCCCCCCACGCUGA